CAUUGCCGACGGCCAUGCUGGGGUUUCCCUUCGGUGCUGCCGCGUUACUGCCGCUGCGGGCCGGGGUCCGGGCAGCAGCCAUGUCCACCCUGCUGGUUAACCAGCCGCGCUACGCCUGGCUGAAGGAGCUGGGCCUGCAGGAGGAGAACCCGGGCGUCUACAAUGGGCGCUGGGGUGGCGGCGGCCAGGUGGUGACGACCCUCUGCCCCGCCAACAACGAGCCCAUCGCCCGUGUCCGGCAGGCCAGUUUGGAGGAUUAUGAAGAAACCGUAAAGAAGGCUAAAGAGGCGUGGAAGGUCUGGGCUGAUAUCCCUGCACCGAAGCGUGGAGAAAUAGUGCGACAGAUUGGUGAUGCCCUGAGACAAAAAAUCAAAGCUCUGGGAAGCCUGGUCUCUUUGGAAAUGGGGAAGAUUUUUGUUGAGGGUGUUGGGGAAGUGCAGGAGUAUGUUGAUGUCUGUGACUAUGCUGUUGGUUUGUCCCGAAUGAUUGGUGGACCUAUUUUGCCCUCAGAAAGACCUGGCCAUGCCCUUAUAGAGCAGUGGAAUCCUGUUGGCUUGGUAGGAAUCAUCACAGCCUUCAACUUCCCUGUGGCGGUUUACGGGUGGAACAGCGCAAUUGCAAUGAUCUGUGGAAAUGCUUGCCUCUGGAAGGGUGCUCCUACAACAUCCCUCAUUAGUGUUGCUGUUACAAAGAUAAUUGCCCAAGUCUUGGAGAAUAACAAAGUGCCUGGAGCAAUCUGUUCCUUGGUUUGUGGUGGAGCAGACAUUGGAACAGCAAUGGCAAGAGAUGAAAGAAUGGACCUCUUGUCCUUCACUGGCAGCACGAAAGUGGGCAAGCAGGUAGCUCUCAUGGUUCAGGAGAGGUUUGGUCGAAGCCUGCUGGAACUUGGAGGAAACAAUGCCAUUAUUGUGUUUGAAGAUGCAGAUCUGAGCCUAGUCAUCCCAUCUGCUCUAUUUGCUGCUGUUGGAACAGCAGGUCAGAGGUGCACAACAGCUAGAAGGCUGUUCCUCCAUGAAAACAUCCAUGAUGAAGUGGUGGCAAAGCUUUGUAAGGCCUAUGCCCAGGUCCGCGUUGGUGAUCCAUGGGAUUCUGACACUCUCUAUGGGCCUCUUCAUACCAAAGAAGCAGUGAAAAUGUUCCUUGAUGCAGUGGAACAAGCAAAACAACAGGGUGGCUCUGUGGUCUAUGGUGGAAAGGUUAUACAUCGCCCUGGAAACUAUGUUGAACCAACCAUUGUGACUGACCUUCCUCAUAAUGCACCUAUUGUUCACACCGAGACAUUUGCCCCCAUACUGUAUGUGCUGAAAUUUAAGGAGGAAGAAGAGGUUUUUGCCUGGAAUAAUGAAGUAAAGCAAGGUCUUUCCAGCAGUAUCUUUACAAAGGAUUUGGGGAGAAUUUUUCGCUGGCUUGGGCCCAAGGGAUCUGACUGUGGCAUUGUGAAUGUCAACAUCCCAACCAGCGGGGCUGAGAUUGGAGGUGCUUUUGGUGGCGAAAAGCACACUGGUGGGGGAAGAGAAUCUGGAAGUGAUUCAUGGAAACUGUAUAUGAGACGGUCUACUUGCACAAUCAACUACAGCAAGGAUUUACCUUUGGCUCAAGGAAUCAAGUUUCAGUAACAGCCUUAUGAAUUCCCAUGCCCGGAACUCUCCUAGCAUUUCAGAACCAAGUACCUUCUAAACCUUAUGGGGAUAGAAAUUAAUUGUCUAAACUUACCUACGACGAAGAUACUAAUUCUAUAAAAAAAUCAGCUACUCUAAAAUUGCUUUACUUUCAAUGUAUGAAGCUACUACUUUAGUCUUCAGAAAUAUGUUGUCUUUGGGAGGAAGGAAAGUAGCCAACAUGGAUUCAGUCAGCCUGGAUAAUCACCUGUUGCCUUAUCCCUGUACUUCAGCAUCCAUGCUGCCUGUAUCCCUGGCCUCCCUACAUUCACUGGUAUCCAGCUAGUAGGUCUACAAUUCAAACCAUGUGCUCUGUUUCCUACAGAUAACCUGGUGCUAUGAGGGAUGGGCAGUAUACAGCUAAUUUUCAAUACGUAAAUAAAGCUACGUUUAUGAGAACCUUGGGCUUCU